CAGCGUCAGUUGUAAUCACAUCGUGCGUGAUAGGUGGUGUGUGAGUGCGAAAUUUUUUUAUUUACACAUGAUAUUAUUUUUUAUAAUGUACAAGUGAGAAUACUAUUUUUAUACGAAACACAACAGUACAAAUACAAAAAGUACAAAUAGAUAACUUCACUUAACCUCAUCUCAGCGAUAUUCAGGAAUCCGAACGACAAUAAAAAAUAAUUGCCAGUACCAUCUUACCGAUCGAUCGAUAAACCUAAUUACCAUUUAUGGAUAUUUUAAGUUAGUAGUAAUAAUGUUAUUAGAAAGAAGAAAAUGAGUGAAACUCUAAGUCAAGACCCAGACGGGUUGAACGUGGCGUACACCACGUUGACACCGUCGUACCCACCGACCCCAGCGACUCCAAGCUCUACGGUGCAGGACGUGGCGCCAGGAUUGCCGCCAUUCUCCACGUUUUCAGCGGACAUGGAUCCAAGUGGAACGUUCAGUUCGGUGUCGGAUCGUUUAUUUAGUGAUACCCGCCUCUUAGACAUAUCAAACUGGGACUAUUACGGUGAGACUCGUUUGCUUGAAAGAACGGAAAACGGACUCUCCAUCAUCUCCUCCCAACCUCAGUACCGGCCGUGGGAGUCGAAAACUGUUGACUCAACAUCAGCGUUUUCUGCCACGACUCCAGCCGCCAAUACAUUCACGGAUGCAUUUGCGCAACAAAACGGCCUUUCCAAGUUACCAUCUUUCCAAUCACAAUUCCAGACGUUUAGCGAUCCUGUAACCACUAGCGAGCCCACGUUAACCACGCUUACCAACCUGACCCCCGUCUCGCCAAAUUCAUCGUCUAGUCCGGGAAGCCAUGGUUUAACCACGUUAAACUCCAACUUUCACACCUUAAGUGCUGUUAAUACAAGAAGCUAUCCUUUAGUUCCAGCUCCCAUCCAAGCCAGAGAGAUUCCGUCGAUCCAACAGCAAUUCUUGGACGAGAGGCACAUUCAGCUCUACUCGCAUCCAACAGCCAACAUUACAACCCUGAAUAACUCUCUCCAUCCCGCCAGUAUUUUCCCAACUCAAAAUGGUGCUAUCAUUCAAAAUAAUCAACUGAUCUCCUCACCGACCGUGGUGACCGUGUUGAAAUCCGAACCCGAUAUCAAGCUGACCAACGUCGGCCUGCAUCCGACUCAGUUCCAAAAUCCGAUGACCAACUUAAGUGACAACGGUAUUUACAAUGGACUUGAGAAAAAAAUUAACGGUAUUAGUGCUGCGAAUAUGAACUCUCCGACGCGAAAUGAUUUCCGUAAAAAAGAACGCAGGAAAAUUCGGGCAUCUAGUCUAGAAAGCUCCGCGGAAAGUGACGGGGCUUCCAGUAACAUGGAAAUCGGUUCCGAUAACCCUGGACAGGUCGCGGCCGUGUCCAGUACCGCGGGUUUUAAAUCUCAUCAUUCCAUUAAUUCCAACUCAAUGGAUAUGGACGAUAUCAGUGGCGGGUCAGUAGACAAACAAGUCAAAAAGAAACGUAAACGUUGCGGUGAAUGUAUCGGCUGCCAAAGGAAAGACAAUUGUGGUGAUUGUGCCCCGUGCCGAAACGACAAGAGCCAUCAGAUCUGCAAGCAGAGGCGAUGCGAAAAGCUCACCGAGAAGAAGAAUCUGUACGGAGAAGGAGGUUUCCUUCGUGGAGAGUCUAGACGAGGAAGGGGGAAGGGCAGAGGUGGAGGGAGCUACCGUGGCAGAAAACCCAGCGGGCCAGUAGCUCCCAUCGGUGGCAGCAGUCUUCCACCAGAUACCAACGGUGUACCUACCACUCAGCCACCAACGAGACCCAGUCCACAACCAGUCACUGUUCAACAGCCAAUGCCUAUACAGCAACAACCUAUGGCCCCAAUGCCGUUUUACGCUGAUCCAAACCGUUUUCCAACGCCUGUGUGGCAAACCACCACAGAGCAAGCAUGGGCACCUCAGGGUCAGUUUAUCCAACAAAUCCCAGCCGGUCAGCCUAUAGAAACCUACCAGCAAUACCCAAAUGGCAUCUACCAAACAACUUACCAACAGCCAGCCUUUGAAACUAACACUUUCUACACGGGUGCAGUCCAAGUUUUAACCAACCGCCCUCCAAGUGUACCCACCCAACAACCUCAACUAACACCGAGACCAAAUUCAAAUUUUUCUCACACUCCUAGUCCAGUGCCUGCUCAACAGCAGCCUCAACCUCAACAACAGCAGCAAGUUCAGCAGCAAAAUAAUCAGCAACAGUCGCAGCAGCAGCAACAGUCUCAGCAAACUCAAGCCAAUAACAGGCAAUACCAAGAAUAUAACAUGCAGAAUCAGAAUUUUAACCCUGCUUCAACUCCAACGGGAAACGAGAGCCAAUCUCGACCAAGCUCAGUAAACAGUAUUGCCAAUCCUCCAACGCCAAACCAAAACUUUAACCAACAACAAAACACUGUGUAUACGACAGUAUCAUCGGCAAAUUUUAGUCCGAGUUCCAACUCUAGCAACUUUGUCAAUGCUAAUUCGGGAAACGACAAGCCUGGAUAUCCACAAGUGAACAGCAGCCCGCAGCUAACUUCACUCAGCUCUAGUGGAUAUUCAGGCCAAGGACAGUACAGCGGGCAAACUCACUGGCAACCCCAAGAGCAGCAAAUUAUCUGGGAACAACAUCAACACGUUGAACCCAAAGUAGAACAAAACUAUCAAGAAGUCCAGGCUAAUAACGAUCACUACAAUCAACACCAACAAGAAGUCAAUACGUCUCCCAAUAAAAUGGAGGGUCACAACGUGCAAAGUGCUGUUAAAACAUUCUCUCAGGCGGAUAAAGUCAACUUAAACACGCGAAUUAAAACAAUGAUACUCAAUAAACAGCAGGAAAACAAAAUCGAAGAAUCCAAACCAGUAGAACAAAACACUACCGGUCAUUUUUUAUGGUAUAGCCACCAUCCCCACUUGAACUCGUCAAGUGGUGAUGGUGGCCCCCAAAACACCAUUCCCCUCAAAACCGAUAAUGUUUCAAACAACAAUUUUCAAACCGGGCCAAAUUUUCGGUUUAAAACUACAUUUCAUAGUCACAUUCCCAAUAAAAACUCUCAAAUUUUGAAUAAAGAAGAAAAUCAGGUUUUUCCCUAUAAAGGCGAUAUGCGAUUGAAAGUGGAACAUCUAAAAGAAGGCUCGUUGGAAACUAAAAUUAAAGUUAAGGAGGAAAAAAAAAUCGGCAAUGAAAUUCCUCAAUGCAGUUGUUUUCCUGUGGAUCAAUUACCUCCGGAACCUGGUACUUAUUAUACUCAUUUAGGCUGUGCAAAUAACUUAAAGACUUUAAGAACUGAUUUCGAAAUGCGUACUGGAGUCCAAGGUCAUGCAAUAAGAAUAGAAAAAGUUCGUUUUACUGGAAAAGAGGGUAAAACUGCUCAAGGUUGUCCCAUUGCAAAAUGGAUAAUUCGUCGCUCAAACAUACAAGAAAAAUAUCUUAUAAUUGUGAAAUACCGUACAGGACACGUUUGCCAUUCCGCCUUCAUCGUAAUUUGUAUAGUAGCGUGGGAUGGAAUCUUAAGAAAUUCUGCAGAUGAUCUGUACUCUAUGUUAACUGAAAAACUUAAUAAAUACGGAAUUCCAACAAAAAGAAGAUGUGCCACCAAUGAACAACGCACUUGUGCCUGUCAAGGCAUAGACGAAGAAAAAUGCGGCGCAAGCUUUUCUUUUGGCUGUGCUUGGAGUAUGUACUACAAUGGCUGCAAAUUCGCCAGAUCUAAAGAUGUGAGGAAAUUUAGGCUGAUUGACAAACUCGAAGAACAUUUAAUUGAAGAUCGGCUGCAAUGGCUAGCCAACUUCUUAAGUCCCUUGUAUAGAAACCUGGCACCCAAGUCUUUUGAAAAUCAAUGUCAUUAUGAGAAAGUUGCAUCGGAUUGUAGGUUGGGCAGCACUCUUGGAAGGCCUUUUUCGGGAGUUACUGCCUGCGUUGAUUUUUGCGCUCAUUCGCACAAGGAUUUGCAAAAUAUGAAUGAUGGAUGUACAGUUGUUGUAACCUUGAGCAAGCACAGGGAAUUAACUAAACCAAGUGAUGAGCAAUUGCAUGUUCUUUCAAUGUAUGUCGCUGACGAUACAGAUGAGUUUGGAUCUAAAGAACAACAAGACCAAAAAAUCGAAUCGGGAACCAUUGAAGUUUUACACAGUUUUCGUUCAGAAGUUCGUACGUGUUCGGUUCCUGCCCAGACUUGUCUGCGACGAAAAAAUAAAAAGUCCACAGGCGUAAAAGUAUCCAAAAGAAAAUCUACCUCAUCAGAACCAAAGUCGCCUUUGAUUAAGUUUUCUCCUAGUUUAACAAGUUCUCCUGUACAGAUGUCGUUGAAUACUUCAAACGAAAUUCAGUACAACCAAGUGUCCAGUACAGUUAUGGGCAUGCCAAACCAAUAUAAUAGUUACAGGUCCGUAUCAGGAGAAUGUGCCAUGAGAUGUAGUUUCCUUACAACUAGUAGUUUUUUGCAAGACUGCAAAGUAAUCCGAAAAUAUCUAUUGGGGUAUUAACCAAUAUACUGCCAUGAUUUAUACCGAAAUUUUAUUGAAUCACAUUGUCAGUGCCUCUAUGAUCUCAAAGAAAUCAAUUCACAAAUCUACUCAGAGUACAAAUUUACAUUUCUGCGCUUGUCAUUAUAAAAAAACAGUCGAAAAUAACCAAAACUGGCUGCUGAUUAGAUUUCUUCUGUUUAUUAGUUAAUUUAUUAUAUUAUUUUAGCUAGAUUUUUUUGUACAUUUUUGCUACAUAUGAUUUUGUAUCGAAUUUAAGUUUCCUUAGAUGUUAAUCUUCGACUGACAUACUAUCGGAAGUAUUAAAACCAUAUAAUAGUCAUUAUAUUAAAUUUAUUUUUGACCAAAGUACUAAAAUACUGAGAUAGUAUUGCAGUCUAAAACCAGUUAUAAUUUAUAAUUUAUUUGUAUAUAUUUUACAUUAAGGUUUAUUUUUUUGUUAUUUGCAUUAAUUUUGUGGUAAAACUACGCGACAACCAUCAUCGAAUCAGGUUUACUAUUAAUUACCUAAAAAAAGUAAGAUUGUAUGAAAGUUAAACUUUAUGAAUUUGGAUGAGACUAUAUUAUAUUCGCGAUAAAAAUUAGUGUUGUUUGUGUAUAGAGAUCAUUUAUUUAAAGGAUUUAGUCCACAUUUUUGCCUUUAUCCUUGCUUCACGUAAAAGAUUAUAUAUUUUUGCCAGCGUGAACAUGGUUUUAAUUAAAUUAUUUGUAAAAAUUGUUUGGAGCGUCUUCCGUUUGGAGAAGCUUUGGAUUUUAUUGUCCCAAAAAGGCCCUACAACAUUGCGUAUACAUCUGAUAUGUGUGCAGUUACUUUGUAGUAUUGAAAGUAUAUUUUUGACAAAAAAGAAUAAAUAUUUAUAGUGUUCUUAUUAUGCCUACAAAAAAUAUUGUAUAGUGUUAGGACCCAGUCACUUGAUAAUUCAAGAAUAAUUUAUAAGUAUGUUAAUACAAGAAAAUGAUGCCAAAUAUUUUAAACUAGAUAUUAACCUUUUGUAUUUGUUGUUUUUACGGUAAUUUUCUUCCAUGCCUUUUUUGGCCCACACAAUUUUAUGUAAUAUAGGUUGGUCUUUUUAUAGCUAUCCAUUAUUUAUUAUUUUAUUUAUUUAUUUCAUUUUAAUACUCCAUCAUUUUUAUGCAAAAUCAAUUUUUCGAAUUUUAUAAUUUUUACAAAUUUUCACAGACUAAGAGCUUUUGUGCAAUAAACCUGACCUUCAGUAUUAUUAACAAUGAAUCUUGCAUAGAAAUGAUGGACGGACGACAUCAAUCAACAAGUUUUAGUAUUAGAAAUAAAAAUGUAUAUAUUUUUUACACAAUUUUUAGUAUUUAAUAAUCGAAAAACCAAAAAGCAAUUUACAAAUAGGUACUGUACAGCACGUUUUUAAGUUUACAUUGCCAUAUAUCUCAUCUCCCAUUUGUAAAAUUUACCAUGACACAUAAAAUUCAAAUAGCAAUACUUCGAUACGAUUUAUCAUAUCAAAUGGCUAUGUUUACUUAAACACGUAGUGUAUUUUCGUCAAACAAUAUUUUGUAUUUUCUAAUUAUAGAUUUUUUAGUUUAGAAUUAAGAAACAAAAUUAAUAUGUGUAUUGUCUUGUGAAUACAUUUAUAUGAUAGAA